UCACUAAUAAUUUUCCUCGGCCUUCUUGGCUUUCACAUAUAUAUUUGAUUAUUUUACAUUUUCUUACUAUUUAAGCUCGUUUUUGUUGGAAUAGCAUUUCAAAGAAAGGAGGAGUUAUUUUAGAUUCUUUUACAAGCAGUGAUCUGAUCUCACGAGGCAAGCAUUUUGUCAUACGACCCUCAUACGACCAAAAAAGCAAACAAACAGAGGAGGAAUUAUUCAUUGAUAUUACGCAGCUGUAAUUAUGUCACAAAGUAAAGGAAAAGUUGCAAUAAUUGGAAGUGGUCUUAUUGGAUGUUGCUGGACAACACUAUUUUGCAGAGCAGGGUACAAUGUUGUACUGUAUGAUACUCUUAGCAGUCAGCUGACCAGUGCAUUGGCUAACAUUAAAAAACAACUCCAGCAGCUGGAGGAAAAGAACUCCAAGAAAGGUACUCUGAGUGCAGAUGAAGCAUUUCAGCUUGUGUCAUCAUGUGAUAAGCUUGAUGAUGCUCUGAAGGGAGUCUUCUAUGUACAGGAAUGUAUCCCAGAGAGGAUUGACCUGAAGAAAAAAGUGUUUUCAAGUCUUGAUGAAAGAAUAACCAAUAAUGACGUCAUAUUAGCGAGCUCUUCGUCCUGUAUAGUACCAUCCAAAUUCACAGAAGAAUUAAMUCAUAGGAGUAGAUGCCUUGUUGCACAUCCAGUGAACCCACCCCAUUACAUUCCACUAGUUGAAAUCGUCCCUUCACCUUGGACAGACAGCAGUGUUGUCGAAAAGACAGUCAGUCUAAUGAAAGACAUUGGACAGUCACCUGUUGUUGUGAGAAAAGAAGUCAAUGGGUUUAUUCUCAACCGUUUGCAGUACGCUGUCAUAGCUGAGGCCUGGAGACUGGUUGAGGAUGGUAUUUGCACAGCAGAAGAUGUGGAUACUGCAUUUACCCAAGGACUGGGUCUGAGAUAUUCUCUGAUUGGACCAUUUGAAACAAUGCACUUGAAUGCAAAUGGAAUUCGAGAUUAUUGCGAGAGGUAUGGGGAGAAUAUAGAAACUGUCUGCAAAGAGGAAGGUGGCCCAAGACCCCUUCGAGGCUCAACGCUCGAUAAAAUCGAGGAGGAUUUGAACCGAGACGUCCCUCUUGAGAAAAUCAACGAACGCAGAAAAUGGCGCGAUGAAAGACUUGCUGCUCUUUCUGURCAUAAGCAAGAACAACUGAGAAAAGAACAAAAUUCCUGACCUUUUGAAAUGAUAAUAUAAUCUAUUUUUUGGAAUUAAUGAAUAGACUUAAAUUAGGGGAAAGGUUUUGAAAGAGUAAUUUUCAAUAAUAUGUUACAGGAGGAUAAAAUAGUUGCUGUUUAGUGAAUUCAAUUUUAGCAUGAAUUUGGCAUWAAAAAAAAUCAUUCAGCAUCCUCCCCCGCCCUUGAAUCAAGUCCUAUUUUCGUUGUUUGGUAAAAGUCGACCCCAAAGAAUUUCCUCACACUUUUCAAUAUUAUUUCCUGAAAUAAUAAAUGCAUGUUUUGAAAACUUCUAACUAAAGCACAACAUUUUCUGCUUACAACGAAAGAUAUUCUGAUCAGCCUCAUUUUCAUAUUUCGAUGUUUAAAAAUUGGUAAAUCAUCUUCAGGCAAACUGAAUUAGAGCAGUAUACACCACAUACUAUAGCGGUUAUUUACAAAAAUAAAGUUGGUCAAACAGCCGUUUAAAA